UGUAGCACUACUCUUGCGCAGCCACGUCAUGUAAACUAAACUACAGGAGUGUGCGCUUUGAAUAAACAGCAUUACAGCACUGUAAUCGCGAUUUCACAAGAAGAGGGACAACUCUACGUUUGUAUUUGUGCUGAAAAACACCGGACGGACUGCCUUGCGACCUGGAGAAAGGAUAUUUAAGGCUCAAUUCUGUGCCAAAAUGUCAGAUAUUGGGGACUGGUUCAAAAGCAUUCCGCCUAUCACCCGGUACUGGUUUGCUGGGUCAAUUGCGGUGCCAUUAAUCGGAAAACUUGGAUUAAUCAGUCCUAUGUAUCUUGUUUUAUGGCCUAAAGACUUCUUUCACAAAUUCCAGUUAUGGAGGCCGUUGACGUCCACGUUGUACUUCCCUGUUGGCCCAGGAACCGGGUUCCUUUACCUGGUCAAUCUGUAUUUCCUGUACCAGUACUCUACGCGGCUUGAAACAGGAGUAUUUGAUGGAAGACCUGCCGACUAUGUGUUCAUGCUCCUGUUCAACUGGCUAUGCAUUGUUAUCACUGGUUUAAUGAUGGACAUGCAGCUCCUGAUGAUCCCUCUGAUCAUGUCAGUCCUGUAUGUUUGGGCCCAGCUCAACAGAGACAUGAUCGUGUCUUUUUGGUUCGGCACCAGAUUCAAGGCUUGUUAUCUUCCCUGGGUUAUCUUGGGCUUCAACUACAUCAUCGGAGGCUCGGUUGUGAAUGAGCUGAUUGGGAAUCUUGUCGGCCAUCUGUACUUCUUCCUGAUGUUCAAAUAUCCAAUGGAUCUCGGGGGCAGAUCCCUUCUCUCCACUCCACAGAUCCUGUACCGCUACUUCCCCAACAGACGAGGUGGGGUGUCUGGCUUUGGAGCUCCACCCAGCAGAAGACCAGUGCCCCAGGAACAGGGUGGGGGUGGGGGAGGGGGAGGGGGAGGGGGAGGUGGUGGACGCCACGCCUGGGGUCAAGGUUUCAGGCUGGGGGACGAAUGAGAUGCCACACACACACAUACACGCACUGCGGAAACGACCCCCCUCCCUUCAACCUGGAGGGCAAAGACUGGGACAUUUGACGUCAGUGAUGCAGAACAUGGAUUUUAUACUUUUUCUUUUUUUUUUCUCUCUCCUCCCUCCCUCGGACUGUAAAGAUGUGAGGCGUCACGGGCAUCACGCUGCCUGUUCACAUCAGUAUGUUCUUAUUUUCUUCUCUCAUUCUCAAUGCCAUAUCUUUUUACACUGUAAUGUGUUCUCCAUGUGUGCUGCCAGUUUUUGAGAAGUUGUGAUGGAGUGAGUGGACAAACACCUUUAGUCCACGGUCCCUUUUUUUCUUUUUUAAAAAAAAAAAAAAAGAAAACAGGCAGCACCUGAGGUAUAUUCAUGACCUUGCUCGAUUGUUCCAUCCUUAACGUUCUCUUCAGUUUCGUUUCUGCGCUGUCUUUGAGAACAUCUCGGGACUUCUGUACAUAAAGGGUUUUUUUUGUUUAAGUUGGGGAAUUUUGGAGGAUGUAAAAAAAUCCAUGCAAACACAAAAAGAAAAUAACAUAAAAAAAAUAUAACACUCAUUUGAUUUGAACCACUAAGUUCUUGUUAAAGUGUGGAAGGCAAAUGAAGUGCAAAAAGAAGAAAAAAAAGGAAAUUCAAGUGGGUGCUUCUAAUGACAUGUAAUGAAUAAUAAUGGAAAACUGUGUAGUCUAGCUUUGCAGAUGAUCGUGCGGCCUAAUGCAAGUAGUUGCAAAUCAUGUGGGCUGAAACACUGUGUUGCACUGGAUGAGUCUGCUCGGGGGAUGCUUCCUGUCGUGUCCCAUACUGUCUGCAGAUAAGGGUUCCUCCCACGCUGAUGAUGAAAAUCGAUGGCAAGAGAUCACAACUCUCCCUCUUGGCCUUCGUUAGCACUGAGUUAUAACGGGAUACCACUGUGUUGCAAGUUUAUCGUCCUCAGAAUCAACAGCUUGCCAAAAUCUUUUUUUCCCCCCUCCAGACAGGAAGUACAAUAAACAUGCUAUUUUAGCAUUUAAAA